GUUUUUUCUUUCACUCUAUUUUUAAUUUCUACACUAUAAACAUGAGAAGGCGGACGGAUUCGGCAGCUGUCGAGCGCGGCAUAUUCGAAAGUGAUAACAUACGACAACGGCAGCAGGUGGGCACGGUGAUACUACAUGGCAACCAGAUCAUCGCGACGGGCCAUACGCUGGCGGAUGGGCAGCAUGCAGCAAUGGUGGCUAUUGGGGGAGCGCGGCGCACGGAGUUGUUGCGGGGCGCGACAAUGUAUACGACGAUGGAGCCGUCGUGCACGGAGCGCAUCGUCGAGGCCGGGGUUGCGUGCGUGGUGAUUGGGGUGAAGGAGCCGACGACGUUUGAGAACUGCAAUGGCGUGGAGGAAUUGCGUGUGGCGGGCGUCGACGUGGUGCAUCUGAAGUUCCUGGAGGAGGAGUGCUUGCGGACCAACAUCCAUCUGCUGGCUGGAGAGUAGAAGGAAAAAAAGAGGGAGGACAGUGCUCCAUUGACUUCUGUUCCCCUCCUUUGACGUAAUGAAACAAAUAAAAUAAAAUGAGAU